AUGGCAUCACAAAUAACCACAAUGCUUGCCCUGGUUGCACUCCUUGCUCUCUCUACGAUUGCUACUGCCACAGCCACCUGCCUACAAAACAACCCACAUGUGAUGGGAAUGACAAUGAUGGAUCCAUGCAUGCAGUCAUGCAUGAUGCAACAACCAUUAGCCAUGGUAAUGAUGGGAAUGACAGCGAUGGAUCCAUGCAUGCAUUCAUGCAUGAUGCAACAACCAUUAGCCGUGGUGAUAAGUUCACCCUCCUGGAUGAUGAGAAUGAAUUCCAUGGUCUCUUGCAUGCAAUCUUGCAUGAUGCAACAGGCAUUCUCCAUAGGAGGCUCAUCAUUGCCAACAAUGGUGAUGCAGCAACAACCAUUCUCCACGGUGAAACAACAGUGCUGCAUGCAACCAAUAAUGAUGCAGGGUGUGAUGUCACCAUCGUGCCACUGUGGCACUAUUUGCCAGAUGAUGCAAUUGCAACAGAUGCGAAUGGCGGUACAACGGCCUUCCAUGUGUAGCACUACAGUCAUGCCACCUCUAGUGGCCUAUGGCCAAAAGCCCUUUCUUUGUUGUGCAUUCUAG